UUUGUACCUAGUGGGGCGGGUCAUGUUGGAGGGUCUGUAUCUGCUGCGCAAAUUUCAGACAGAGCUCCUGCACCUAGCAUGGCGUAGUGCUGACGGAGAACUGGGGUCGGUGUGAUCGACGCAAAAUAGCCUAAUGUACUUGUGCUAUGUUACAUAUCGCUGCAGGGGAGGUUUAAGAGAGAAGAGGGCCCGGGUGCAGCCUCCGUUGCAGAGGGGGAAAAUGGUUUCCACAGUGAGGACGCUACAAGUGAACUUGAAGUGUCUCCGACAAUGUGACUGUUACUAGCGACCGUUUAUAGCUCUUCUUCUGCCGCAGUCCAAUCAUGUCUGAUCCUCACCAACGGGAACAUGUGCUACUGUGGCUGCUUGUAUUUGGGGUGCUGACGGACUGCAUGGUGGAGGACCUCUGUAACUGCACCAUUCUGGAACAGGAUUUUGACUGGUCACUUCUGAGGUCUGACCACUGCUGCGUGAAUGUCAUUCUUUCUGUAGACAGACUGGAUUGGAAUAUUUUCACGCCAUUGUCCAGCCUGAAGGUGUUGAACCUCUCCAAUUCUGGGAUAUUAGAAAUCACUGACUGUGAAAGGGGAAGAAACCGAACCCAUAUUGAGUACUUAUAUAUGGAUCACAAUCAUCUGAAGGAACUACCUGAUGGUUUCUUAAGCAAUGCACCCAAUUUGAAGGUUCUGCAUCUUGAGUUCAACCAGCUUCGCCACCUACCUGCUGACUUCUUACGUGUCUCAGACCAGAUCCAGGAGAUACACCUGGGCUAUAACAGCUUGAUCUCUUUUCCUGCUAGUUUCCUUAAACCUUCCCUGACUACAUUUGGCUUCCUCAACAAUAGCUUGGAAUGCACAUGUGUCCUCUAUGACCAACUUGAGCCCACAUUCCGUGCCAAUGACACUAAGCUGUUAUUGGAUGAAGUAAUUUGUGCUUCUCCAAACAAUGUCAAUGGACUGAAACUCAGGGAGGUUGAGAGAGGUAGUAUAUGUAGGUCACACAGUUUGACAGUGGCAUUAAUUUGCAUUCCGUUGGUGGUGCUGGUGGUCCUUUUGUGUUGGUACAUCUGCUGCCGUAGACAGAAGGGUAGUUAUUCUAACACAAGGCGAGAGUGCAGUCUGGCUACUGUGGAUCGCAAUGGAGCUGGAAAUUUGGGAGACUAUCACCACUAUGAACCAAGGCAGAACUUCAAAAAGGAUCGCAGGGAACCAAAUGUAAAUCAUUUCAAAGACCCCAUUUUGCUAAAACCAUCUGCUGCUCUUUUGGGGAGCAGUCGAGACCUCUAUGAAGAGGUGGAGAUCAAACUUGGAACAUCUGCAGACUCAUUGGUAGAGGGUGAUGGUCAACUGAGUCGAGAAGGGCCGGGGCUGAUGUUGGCUGUAGAGGAGGAGGAGGAGGAGAAAGAAGAGGUGGAGUUGAGAGCAGAUGAACUAGAGGUGGAAACGGUGAGUGUAACAGAGGUCAUGAAGGACUCAACAGACCGAGAGAAGCUUUACUUGAACCAAGCAACAGACUACUAUAGCUUGGUCCCUGGCAUUGAGUUGGAAGACUCAGAUCAUUAUGAGUAUGAGAGUGUGGACCUCUCUUGAGAUACCGUUGGGUUCUGAUGGUUUAAAACCUGAGUAAACAACAUAUCGUGGUGAUACAGGAAGACCAUAAGACUUAUGGAUGCGUCCUACAAAUCUUCCAUAAUUCCGGCCUGGCGCGACAUGCUGAGACUACUAUUUACAAACACAAAACCGACUACAUUUUAAUACCGUAAUUAUGGAUACUUUAUAUAAAAAAAUAUUUAUUUUAAUACAUUUGUAAGAACUCCCAGGAGUUAUGACAGGUUUACUACUGAUUUGUACCAUGGUAUGACUUGUGUGUAGUAUAUGAAAUGUCUAUAUGUAGUCCAAUCACUGUGGCAUGUGACCAGACCUCAGAGGCAGCAGAAGUGUUGGUCACUGCUGUAUUUACAAUAUGUCACCCUGCUGCCUUUAACAGUCAGUUAGGUGGACAUGUACUAAGUAGUGAUAAAAGUUGAGAAGUUGUCCAUGGCAACCAAUCCGCAUUAUAAUUUGCGUACUAUAAAGGUAUACAGAGCAGCUGAUUGGUUGCCAUGGGCAAGUUCUCCACUGGCUCACUUCUCCACUUUUAUCACUGCUUAGUAAAUGUCCCCCUUAGUCUGAUAUAUAUUUCUGCCCUCAUUUAAGGGGGUCAUUCCGAGUCGUUCGCUCUGUAAAUUUCAUCGCAUCGCAGCGAUUUUCCGCUUAGUGCGCAUGCGCAAUGUCCGCACUGCGACUGCGCCAAGUAAAUUUGCUAUGCAGUUAGGAUUUUUACUCACGGCUUUUUCAUCGUUCUGGUGAUCGUAAUGUGAUUGACAGGAAAUGGGUGUUACUGGGCGGAAACUGGCCAUUUUAUGGGUGUGUGCGGAAAAACGCUACCGUUUCCGGAAAAAACGCAGGAGUGGCCGGAGAAAUGGGGGAGUGUCUGGGCGAACGCUGGGUGUGUUUGUGACGUCAAACCAGGAACGACAAGCACUGAACUGAUCGCAAAUGCCGAGUAAGUCUGAAGCUACUCAGAAACUGCUAAGAGGUGUGUAAUCGCAAUAUUGCGAAUACGUCGUUCGCAAUUUUAAGAAGCUAAGAUUCAUUCCCAGUAGGCGGCGGCUUAGCGUGAGUAAAUCUGCUAAAAUCAGCUUGCGAGCGAUCAACUCGGAAUGACCCCCUAAGUCUUUAACAUGAUUAUGGGCUGUUAGCUGUCAUAUUGAUUCUGCAUUGUCAGUCCUUCAAUGCCUGCUCUUAUUGUAUAUAGGAGAUUUGCUGCAGUGAGACAGCUCUGCUCUGCCGGACACUGGGCUGGUUAUGAAGGUUGCAAUGUACCUGCUAUCAUUAAUAAAAUACACAGUCUCUUCUAA